AUGGACAAGUUGCCGGUAGAAAUCCUUACCAAAAUCAUCGACCAUCUCACGCCGCGCGAGAAGGUCAAGCUACAAUUGGUUUGCAAGAAAUUCUUCGAUCUUGCCCGCGACAAUAACCUUUGGAAAUUGCACUGCUAUGAGCAGUCAUGGGCUGCGCUGCAAGCCACCCGUCCGGCUGGCCGGACCUCGGAAAGUUUGUUGUCGAACCCGACUGCGUCGUUGAGUACGUUAGGGCAGAACUCAUUGCGUGAUUUGAUUCAACCUCCGGCUCCGCAGUCGGGGGAAGCCCCGCUGGAUGAAGAACGAAGAUAUUCCCCGAGCGACAUUGCAAGGGCGGCUGCAGAUUGGGACUCUUCGGCGGAGGGAGAACAUGUUGACUGGUAUUCGGAAUACAUUGCUCGUCAUGGACCUAUGUCACUUUCCUGGGUGCAGCAGCCUAUGCGAUCAAAUGGCCCCGGUCGGAGGAAACAACCGUACGAAAUCAAGGGCAUGGGACUGUUGAAAGAUUGGAGCUCUGCGCGGGAGAACAAGAUCGUGGCUCCUCUAGACGACGGCACAGUCUGCAUUUGGGACCUCAAUCACUCCCACCGUUCCGAUUCGCAGUCAACAAAAGGCAAAAUACUUGGGAUGAGUGAGCCAGGUGCUCUCAUGACCAAUAUGUCUAGGCGUAGGGAGGUCUCGCCUUCCAAGUCUGCAUUGGAGUUUAUCAAUCUCGGCGAGGCUGUCUCUGUGGACUCAUUUCGACGGAGAGCAUACCUCGCUGUUGGCAAUGUUUUGAACGAAGUUGAUCUAGAGACACUCAAGAUUAUCUCGCAACAGCGAUACCCUUGGUCGAUCUUUGCACUUUCGCAAGAGACCGAUUACUCAGUGCCAAUAACACUUGCGACCACGCUCAGUUUACAGAUUCAUGAUGCCCGGCUAUCUGCAACAGAAGAGGAAGAAGCCAUCAGCUUACGGUGUGAGAAGAACAUGGCACCCUUGGUGCCUGAGCUGGACAUUUUUGCCCAUCCAGACUCGCCAUUACUGCAAUUGCAACCAAACGGGCAGCCUCCCACUCGCAUCCGCAGCCCUGACCCUACGGCUAGGGAGAACUACGCACCUCUCUUCCAGCCCGGCCCACUCUCCAUUCUACACCCUCCCGCUCCUCAUGUGAACUCUAUCCUUCUCGCGGGCCGAUUCCCUAGCAUUCUCUGCUAUGACCGACGCUUCUUUCCCCGGCUGCAAAGUACCGUACAUUCUGGGGGCCGGCUAUGUGGCCUUGCCUCGGCUCCUGCGCCUCGAUUUCCGGUUUUUUCAGACUCGACUUACCCCCAGUCUCACGCUGUGGUCGCUUGUGGUGAGUAUAACGGUCGUGGCUCGCUAGAAUUGUACAGUCUGAAGUCAUCGUCACAAGAGUUCAACGACAACCCGUCCAAGAUGACGUCGCAAUUAACGCCCGAAUAUAAGAAUCGACAAAGCGCAGCGAGUUCCAAACUGCUCUCGGUCGCAUCACAUGGAAAUCGUCUCGUUUACUCUGACUCCGAGGGGAAUAUCAAAUGGGUCGAACGCAAUGGUCGGUCAGAGGUCCGCCGCUGGAAUAUCAACACCUCGCAACCUCAAAUCCCAUUCUCGCGAUCCAGUCUCACACCAAUACAAUCACCAACACAGCCAGACGACGAGUCUGCCCCCCGCGGCCUAUGGUCGCAGUUAAGUGCGGAAAACAAUAGCAGUGAAGUGGCCCGCAAGAUUCUUCCUACGGGUGGGAACUUGACCGGUGACGAGCUGCUAGUUUGGACUGGCGAGCGCAUUGGCCGUAUCAAGUUCUCCAUACCCGCCGACCUCGAUGGUGUUUUAGAGGAAGAUGGGGAUGAAUGGUUCAUGCAGGCUGAAGUUGAUGAAGAAACUCGCGCUGCGAUGAGACAAAAGCAUCGUGAUGAGUGGGAAAAGGAGCAACGGUAUGAAGAUAUGAUGCGUCGGGCACUUGAGCGGCAGGCCGAUGAAGUCCGAUGGAUGGGGACGGAUAGCAUGAGCUGA